UGUCACAUAACACCUCAUUUGUGUUUAUCUUUCUCUCUCACACACACACACACACAGACAGUGUUCUGAGAAGCUCCUCCUACACAUGUAAACAGAGAUCCUGAAAAAUGAAACUGAAAUCAUGCUUCCUUGACGGAACGUUCUCCUGCUCCGUACAUAAAAAUGGCAACCUCCUGCAAGCCAAGCUCACAGAACCUUCAGAAGUGCUGUUUGUGUCUUACAAAGGCAAAUAAUCUUGUUAUUAUUCCUUGUGGGCACAACUACUGCAGGUCCUGCAUUGACUGCUUAAUCAGUAAGUAUGAACGCACAGGCUCGUACAGCUGCCUGCAGUGUUCGCAGACUUUCUGCACUAAUCCUGAUCAGGACAGACCAGUGGACAAACUCGAGAAAACAGAUCUCCACACUGAAACCUCAGCAGAAACCGCUGCUGGUCCAUCCUCUUCCGGCUUGACUAGACCUGACCAGGAUAGCCCUGUGGAUGGUGUCAAAAUGACAGCUCUCCAAACACAAACCACAGCAGACACCACUGCCAGACCGGAGGACAUGGCCUGCGACUCGUGCGCUGACAGCAGACAGGAAGCUGCCAAGUCCUGCCUGGCGUGUCUGGCCUUAUACUGCGACACACACCUCCUGCUGCACGACGACCUCCAUCCGAGGGCUGCACACAUUCUGAUGGACGCUACCGAUCAGCAGGAGGCCAUGACAUGCUCUGUACACGGUAAAGUCCUGGAUGUUUACUGCCAUAACGAGAAACAACGCAUCUGUUGCAUGUGUAUGCUGGAGGACCACAAAGGGCACGACAUGGUGGCAGUAGGACAAGUCCUAAAGAAGGAGGAGCUAAGGAAGUCCAAGCAGAUGAUCGCAGAGCAAAAGAAGCAGCUAAAGGAGCUUCGCUUAGCUAAAAACACUCUCAGGGACAUCACAAUAGCUACAGAGGAGGAGAGCGAGCGGCUUUUCACCGAACUGAUCCACUCCAUCAAGAGCAGCCAGUCUGUGAUGAAGGUCCUGAUCCGAGCUCAGGAGCAAGCAGAACUGGACCGAAUCGAGGAGCUGAUGGAGAAUGUGGAGGAGGAAUUAACGGAGCUGAAGAGGAGAGAUGCUGAGAUGGAGCACCUCUCGAGCACUCAGAAUGACAUCCACUUCAUGCAGUCAGUCCAGGCUUUCAGUCACACUUCUGCAAAUGUCUUAAAGAUGAUGGUCAAUCCUCGGUUCUCUUUCGGCGAGGUUGUGAAAUCCAUGUAUGCGCUCAAGGAGCGGAUAGGAGACGUCUGGGAGUAUGAAAUUGAUCAGAUAUCAGCAGCGGUGAAAAAAGACAAGAUUGUAGUUCCUUCUGAACCGAAGACGAGAAAGGACUUCCUUCAGUAUCUGGUCCCACUGUCUCUGGACCCUGACACAGCCCACUGGAGCCUGAGUGUGUGUGAAGAGAAGCUAGUGGUGUGUAGCACAGAGUGCCAGCCUUAUCCUGACCACCCAGAACGCUUUGACUGGUGGGCUCAGGUUCUGUGCCGAGAGCCUCUGAACACACGCUGCUACUGGGAGGCCGAGUGGACGGGUUUGCACGGAGUGGACAUCGCAGUCUCGUACAGAGACAUCACCCGGAAGGGAGAUGAUGAUGAAUGCAGCUUUGGGUACAACAAACAGAGCUGGAGUUUGGAUUGUGCCAUAUUGAAAUAUUCUUUCGUGCACGAUUAUGUGGAAACGGAAAUCCUGGCACCUGUAUCCCACAGGAUAGGGGUGUAUCUCGACUACAAAGCCGGAACGCUGUCUUUUUACAGCGUCUCAGACUGUAUGAAACUCCUCCACAGAGCAGAGACGAGGUUCAUGCGGCCUCUGUUUGCCGGGUUUGGGUUGUAUCCGGGAUCCACAGUGAAGAUAUGCCAGCCAGCCAUAGAGGAAAAACAAGAAGAUUCCCAAAGAGUCAAGAGAACUGUGAAACAACUGUGAAUGGAAAGAGCAUAUGAAGAAAAGAAAAUUAUGGGCUCCUCAUUGAGGCUGGUGUUUUGAUCUGUUGUCAGGGGAUCACCUGUUUGAAACCCAACAAUGCCACAGGCAUCCAUUUACAAAAUUUGGCAGACACCCUUAUCCUGAAUGACUUGCAUUUAACUCAUUUAUACAACUGAGCAUUUGAGGGUUAAGGGCACUGCUCAAGGGCCCAGCAGUGGCAGCUUGGCAGUGCUGGGAUUUGAACUCACGACCUUCUGAUCAGACGUCCACUGUCUACUCCACGUAGCUACCACUGCUUCUACAUGUCAUCCAUGCCCGAGAGGCCAUGGAAAGGAUAAACAGAUUUUCUUUCAAUAAGUAAUAAUGACAUUUUCUCUAGUGUCAAUCAGAGUAAUUCUAGCCAAUCACAGGACUUUGUUAGGCUCACUUAGUGUCUCCUCCAAGCAUGUUCAGUAUGUUGGCUUUAUCAAGCAUGUGUUGGCUUACGUCCACUAGAAGUGACAGCUGUCAUGCAAUGGCAGAAAAUCAAUUGUGUGAAAAUCCCCCAAAAAAGGGGUGGGGUGGAACAACAACAAAAAAACACUGGAAAUCCAUGUAAAAUGGUUAAAUAGUCUUGUAUGUUCAGGGUUUGGAACAUUGCCGUACUCAAAUUUUUUGCUUUCUCAUCCUCAUCAUCUCAUAAUUAUAGUAGAAUAUUCUCUAUUUAAUUUCAGCUUAACCCUAUUUUUAAAAAAUAAUAAUAUUUGAUGCUAGUGUUUAAAUUACUCAGGAGUUGAGUAAACUUGUAGCAUAUGAUGAAAAUAAUUCAUUUCAUUUGGCCAAAAACAUCCCAGGAACUAAAAAAAUGCAUUUAUACAUCCUGCUCGAAUCAUUUGUUCACUUUCCAUCAUGAGACAAAACGGAGCCAUUUAUUAAUGGCAAACCAUUAUAUAAACUGUGCAGCUCACAGUUCAUAUAUAACGGCUCCUUAGUGCACUCAACCCGAGACACUUGGCUGAGAAAAGGUUCCAUCCUAAAUAGCAGUGUGGAUUUCGCGUCAGCAGCACAUGUGAUGCAGCGGAUGACGGUACCAGCUCCCAGGAGAACGUCUGUUCUGAAAUAUUGGUGUUUAAACAGACUACAAGUUGCCUCUCCUAUUGUCAGGAGAACCUUCAUGUCAACAGUACAGUAUUUUCCUGAUGAAUGACUCAACGUACAUACCAGUGUCCUUUUAUUCUCCAAAACUCCUGUGUUAUUAUUAUUUGUUACUUGUAUUUUACAGCCACUGCUGUGAUUCAACAUCAAAUUAAAUCGGGUUCAUCUGA